GAUGGGCAUUUUGGCCGAGGCACAGUAAAGGUCGGGCAAAUCAUCAGUUCGCAGAUGACAUCUCGUACUGGUAGGUAUAGCUAGCUGAAUCCCUUGGCCGCGAAUAGACAGCACCAACCUCCAUUCCAAGCCCCAACGCGAAUUGAUAUUACCAACCUCCACUCCAAGCUCCACCGCCGGGAGGAAGAACCCUAGCCGCCCUUCAAGGCCCCUGUUCCCCACGCCGCCUCUGGACGGACCUGCGAAUAAAACUGUGAAUGUUCGCUUACACCUGAUGCCCUCCUACGCACAUAAUGAGGUGUAACUAUUUUUCUACUCUUGAGACUGAAGGUUUAUAACCACUAUUUGAGUGGACUUUUAGUCUGGAGUAGGGUGUAGCUGCACUUGUUUGUAUCCUGAGACAGCAAGUUUGCAGAUAGAACCUUGAACUAGCUCCUCUGUCACCUGUAUCAACUCGAGUGUCCUUGGAGAAGCUCCUGCAAGCAACAUUACCAAUUUGCUUGGAUCCUUUCUCAUGGGAAAUAUUGUCAACACUGUUAGAAGAUUAGUGAAUGUGAUUUCUGAGGGCUUAUCUAGUACAGUAUCACCUAAAGAGAACUGUUCUACAGACGCUGUGGUUGCUAAGGGUUUGGAACGUGGUCCAGCCAGGGAUACACAUAAGAGCAAAGAGUUGAGACCGCACAGUGUUCCUUCUGGAAAUAAUUUGUUUCACUGCGAUGCUUACGAGAAAUUGAUCAACGGUGAGCUUAAUUUAGGUUGUAGAAGCAGUCCUGAAGCUUCAGAGGACUAUAAAAUGAUACCAAAUGCAGAUAGAGCAGUGUCUGGUCCUUUGGAUGUGAGAGGUUGUGAAAGUACCCCUAAAGCUUUGUUAAGGAGACAAGCCGAGCAGAAAAUAACUAAUGAGAAAGCAUCAAUUCAGGCGAUGGUGCCAACUGGAACUUCAGCCUCUCCAGAUGUGAAACAUCCUAAAACGGUGCUAUCUCCGCUUACCCGCAGUCGCAGUAAGGCUAUGGCUGUUUCCACACCUGAACAUCUCAAACUGAGAAACGCCAGAUCAGGUCAACUAGUAGUUCCACGGUUGGAUUCAGGAAGCCAAAAAAUUAUCUAUGACGUGGCAGAAGUACCUAUCACCCCAUUGGUGGAGCAAAGUUCUGCAGGUAAAGCGUUGCCGAGUACACCAUCACAAAUGAUCAAAACUCCAAUUCCAUAUGGACGAUCUCCACUUCCUCGUAAUAAGGAUAAGGUGUUAUCUGUUGCCACGCCCGAAACUCCCAAACUGAGAAGCUCUAGAUCAGGAAUGGGACAUUCUUUUCAGGUCGACUGAUAGUUCCACGUUUGGAUCCAGGAACACAAAAUAUUAUCUAUGACGCGGAUGGUUCUAUCUGCGGCGUAACCAACUCAGAGCUGCAACGGCUUCAAGGUCCAUCCUGAUUUAUCGUGUAUACAGGCUUCUCGGUUUUCAAGCCCAAGCUGAACCCAUGCAAAAUGCCUCGGGAUUCAGAGAUAACUAUUGCUUUUCCGUGUUCCUUCUGCUGGCAGGGUGCAAUUCGGAACCACCUGCUAAGAGGAGGUCUCGGUGUUCAUCCCCCGACCAUGGCAGGUCCUUGAUAUGGUUCAAGGGUUUGUGGUAAACUAUGGAGAUUAUUUUACCCUUCCACAAGAACCAUGAAGCAAAACUUCUGCCUUAACAUGUGACUGGUUCAGAUGGAGGGACUCGCCAUCAAAGUUCUCGCGCUGAGCAUUCCCCUGUUGCAAUUAUUUGUUGAAUGGAAGAAUGUGGGAAGUAACUUUGAAGAACUUCAAUAAUCUUGGAAGAAUGUGGGAAGUAACUUUGAAGAACUUGAAUGGAAGUAAUCUUUCAUGUUGUUUUUACUAUUACUAUAGUAACUACUCCCUCCAUUCACUAUUAUAAGUAUUUUUUUAUUCGGAUGUAUAUAGACGCAUUUUAGUAUGUUUGUUCACUCAUUUCAGUUCAUAUGUAGUCCAUAUCGAAAUAUGCAAAACAUCUUAUAUUUGUGAAUGGAGGGAGUAGAUGAUAUCCCACACCUUGCUGCAGGACUUGAUAGAAAUAUAUAAUCAAUGAGAUUUGCUUACAUGUAACAUGGAUAUUUGGAUUAAUUAUAUUUGAAUUGUGACUGAAAAUACGUAUGAUUUAUUGUA